UAGUAGAAGGGUGUGUGUGAAGAAAUUGUGCUCUUCAAUGGCUUCUCCUUGUAAAAACCGGAACCCGAGCGAGAGCCAGAGCCAGAGCCAGAACCAGAGCGAGAGUCAGAGCCAGAGCAGUAGCGGUUCAUCUAUUGUUAUUGAAGAUGAUCAGAGUGAGGUUAGAAGAGGGCCAUGGAGUGUUGACGAAGAUUCUCUACUUAUUCAUUCUAUCUCUGUACAUGGUGAAGGGCGUUGGAAUUUGCUUGCUAUUCGUUCAGGGCUUAGAAGGACAGGGAAGAGUUGCAGAUUGAGAUGGCUUAACUAUCUAAAACCUGAUGUGAAGAGAGGAAACCUUUCUCCUCAAGAACAGCUUUUAAUUCUUGACCUUCAUUCCAGAUGGGGCAAUAGAUGGUCAAAAAUUGCACAACUAUUACCGGGAAGAACAGAUAAUGAAAUAAAAAAUUAUUGGAGAACAAGAGUGCAAAAACAAGCAAAGGUUCUCAACAUCAACAUCAACAGCCCAGAAUUCAAAGACAUUAUCCAUCGCUGUUGGAUCCCCAGAUUGCUCCACCAAAUAAACGAAUCUUCUUCUUCUUCUCCUCCUCCGCCGACCACGGCCGCGACAAGUCCAACCCCUCAACUUUCCGAUUCAGACUCUGUGCCGGCAACCGAUGGUAACCGUCGCCAUUUCGACAAGGAGCGAAACAGCACCAGUUCGGAAUCUAUGGAUAUAUCGCAGGUCUCCGAUCCAUUAUCCGACGUCCCAUCUUGGAACCACGGCGGCGGACAGACGACGGCGGCGAAUUUUGAUUACCCAAUAGGCGAUUCCGGGUUGCAAUUAACGGAUUGGAUUGACGACGACGAUUCUUUUGGCGGCUGCUUAUGGAACUUUGACGGAUUGUGGCAAUUCUAAUUGGAAACUAAACAGCUAAUUGGGUUUUUUAAAAAAGAUAAACGUAACGUCUUAUUUUGUUUUUGUUUUUAAUUUAUUUCUGUGAAAUAUAACAAAUAUAUUUUAACUUCCCAAAUGUGUAUUAAUUUAAAAUAUUUGGUUGGUUAAGUAUUUGUAAUUGAUUCUUUUUGUUAAAUUAUAAAUUCAUGAUAUGCAAAUAGUAUACACUUUUAUAGUUUAUAGCCUAUUUUAAAACACAUUUUUCUAAAUUUUAAAGUUAUGCUAAUGUAUAUGGAAAUUACUGAGAUUUAAUUUGCAAA